UAUUUCUGAAGUGGGAAAGGACAAAGUAGAGAGAAGAGGUAGUGGUGAGGUUAGUCCAAGAGGGCAGCUAAUACUAAAUUUGAAAACAUUUUCUAUACUAUAUAACUUUAAAAGCAGUCAGAAAAUUUCCUUCCUAGUAAAUGAGGUUGCAUUCUUGAUGGGAUGGAGAAGACUGCAGGGACUUAUGCCGAGUGGCUAGGGAGAAUCAGACUUGUAAUUAAACAUUUGCUGUGCAUAAUUUACAAAUGAAUACAUUAUAGGCAAACAAUUAUACUCUUUGUCCUCAUUGUUUUUCCAAGCAGUUCUUUUAAAGUUUAGUAGCCAACCUGCUGUGCUAGUCUACUGAUAUUUUGAAGGCUGAACAGAAAUGUAAAAUAAAUGAAAUUGAUGUUGCUCAUCUGGAAGCUGAAUACCAGUCUGUUCUAAUUUCCACGAGCUGCCCGGCCUGCCUCCGAGCGCCUCCCCAAGUGGCCAGUCACUAUGUACUUAGAGAUUGCAAAUGAAUACAAAUAUUAGCUCAUGCUAGGAAUAAUUGAGAGGGUAAAUAUGCUGAAAAGAUAUUCCAAAACUGAAAUAGAUUAUUUUUCUAUUUUUUCCAUUUUGGAUUAUCAGCACCUUUCUGCCGAUAAUUAUCCAUUAACAUGAAUAAUUUAGAGUUGAACAGAUAUCCACUUUGGACAUUGCGCAUUCAAGCAGAAAGGAAAGAUGGAAGGAAGAUAGUUCCCAAACUAUUACCAAUUUUUUUUGUUGUUGCCUCGUUUGACUUAUCCCUUUCAUUUAAUGCCAGGCUUCCUUGUGAAAAUAAAUAAAUAAAUAAAUAAACCUUUUCCAAAGAAAGGGCUGUCUCCUGACUUGUAUAAGGCAGGCUGACCAGUAAUGAGUGCUGGUUGUUAACUGGACUUUGGUGGAGAUAUGUCACCCACAACUUGGAAAUUUUCCUGAAGCCUUAUUUCCUUAGUCUCUUUCUUUUGGGACUCCUAUUGAAAAAAAAUUUAAUUUGGAGGGUAAAAUCUAAUUUUUAAAAAUCACGCACACCCUCCCAGAGUCUGUUGACUAUCAGUAAUUGUUUUAAUUUGUGAUGAUAUUAGUGAUGAUAUCUGGUAAAUUCUAUUUAUAUCUGUAUUCAACUUUCCCCAGCUGAACUACAUAUGUUGUUCCAGGGGUGGUGAUUGAAGGAACUGACUAAACCUAGGGACAAAUGGAGGGCAGCCCAAGAACCCACCACUGUUCCCAGUUCUCAGAAGGCUUUGUUUGGAAUUUUGAGAUUCAAGAUACGUAACCAAGUGACUUAUGAUGGAAUAACUCAGUAUUAAAAAUAAGUUUUCAGAUUGUUACGCGGGCACUGAGUGAUGCUUGUUAAAGUUUUAGAGCUCCUGAGUGUCUCAAGCAUGCUAAGGAUGCUGGCAGAAGACAUAGUAAGGGAGCACCUCUCUUCUUGCCCCAAACAUUCAUCCCAUUGACGGAAAAAUCUUGAAACAAUGCUUUGAAGUGUGACUUCAGCAGCAUCUUUCUUAUGGGAACUUCAGAGCUGUGGAGUUGAAGACUGUGGAAUCUUCUCAACAGCCCCUGAUAAAUUCAGAUAAUUAAAAUCUGUGUGACUGGAAUGUAAAUGCAGGGCAGUUUUAUCAUGAAUGCCUGAAUUCAGUUGAUUUUUUUAAUAUGGUGGAAGAAGGGAGUUGAUUUUUUUUAAGCAAGAAAUCCUUGCUGAAUACUGAGUGCACGCUCCUGUGAAUAAAGCAGUCUCCAAGCUCCAGUGACAGGCUUUUGGGAGGUAGAAAAGAUGUAAAGACGGGUAUCUUUGCCCUUGGUACAGGCAUGGGGCUGAGGAGGUUGGUAUAUAGAUGGGAAGGCAGACUAUUUGAAGCUUUAACAUUUAGGAAGCAACAUAUGAAGAAGACCAAGUUUAACUUGCUGCAAAUGGAGUAUGUAAAGACUAGAAAACUUGAAGUGACAAAGUAGGAAUGAGGUAAAUUAGGGAAGAUUUUUGAGUCAGUAAAAUUUGAAAGCAGGGCUGUGAAUUAGAAUCAUAAAGAGGCUUGGACUAUGGAGUUGGAUGGACUUUGGUUCAAAUCUUGGUUCUACUUUUUACUAUGUGGCCUUGGACAGUUUACUUAUCCAUCCUUUUCUAUAAAAUAUGUGUGAGCAUUCAAGUAAAUGAGUAGUUGUUCUGUGUUAGGAGUAAAAGAAAAGAAAAGAUUUCUGGGCAGAAAGUAUAGAAUGUACUGUGUGCAAUGAUGGUAUGAAUGACUAAGCUGUGUUUGUAGGGGGAAUAAAUGCGAGUGACUGGAGAGAAUGUGGGUUGGUCAAGUCAUGGGUAGAGCAGGCAAGAGGGUGGAGGGGACUCAGAGGCCAGACUGUUGGGUGUUGAUGGAAGGGUCAAUAGAGUCAUUGUAGGUCCUUGAACAAAGGAUGGAUUUAAUGAGAAGUAUUGAGCCCUCUGGUCCAGGAACUUAGGGACAAGGAGUCAGGCAGGCACCGGUACAUUGUGACUCUUCUGGACCGUCCUGGCCUAAAGGAGACAGCCAGGAGACAUAAGAUUCCUUGUAGUUUUUGUAUUCACACACCUUACUAUGCUGAGCUCUGCUUGUGCCUGUCUCACAUUGUACCAACCUGUGGGGAAGUGUCAAGACUGUGACUGGAUUCCCUUCAAGAACUUAUGGGAGAAGGAAAAGCAGAGACCUGUCACCCUGAAAACUUGGCCUGGUGCUAUGUCAUCAUGAAGGCUUGCCUACACUACUUUGAUGUACUCUAUGGUGGCAAGAAAGUUUAACAGGAUUUGUCAUAUGUUUGACCUUAGAGGCUUAUAGUACAUCCUACCUGAAGCAUCUGUCUGCAUAGGAAACAACUCAUCUCAGUUUGUUGGUGGAGGCCUGACUUUUGAUCUAUGUCCUCCCUACAUCAGCUGUGUGAAAGUACUUAAUGAUCACAUGACCCUGGACAUGGAUGCUGUCCUGUCGGAUUUUGUCCGUUCCACAGGGGCAGAGCCAGGACUGGCCCGAGAUCUCCUGGAAGGAAAGAAUUGGGACGUGAGUGCCGCCCUCAGUGAUUUUGAACAGCUACGUCAAGUCCAUGCUGGGAACCUGCCCCUGCCCUUUAGUGAACGGAGUGGUGGCUCCAGGACCCCUGAGAAAGGGUUUUCUGAUAGAGAGUCUACUCGCCUUCCCCGACCCACCCUACAGCGGCAGGAUGACAUCGUUCAAGAAAAACGCCUGUCUAGGGGCAUCUCCCACGCCAGUUCCAGCAUUGUUUCCCUGGCCCGGUCCCAUGUCUCCUCCAAUGGUGGGGGUGGGGGGAGCAGUGAGCACCCCCUGGAAAUGCCCAUCUGUGCCUUCCAGCUUCCAGAUCUCACUGUGUACAAUGAAGACUUCCGCAGCUUCAUAGAGAGAGACCUCAUUGAACAGUCCAUGCUGGUCGCUUUGGAACAGGCAGGGCGUUUGAACUGGUGGGUAAGUGUGGAUCCCACCUGUCAGAGGUUGCUUCCUUUGGCAACAACUGGAGAUGGAAACUGCCUCCUGCAUGCAGCCUCUCUUGGGAUGUGGGGUUUCCACGAUCGGGACUUGAUGCUGCGGAAAGCUUUGUAUGCGCUCAUGGAGAAGGGAGCCGAGAAAGAGGCAUUAAAACGGCGCUGGAGGUGGCAGCAGACACAGCAGAAUAAAGAGUCAGGGCUGGUAUACACAGAGGAUGAAUGGCAGAAGGAAUGGAAUGAGCUGAUCAAGCUUGCCUCAAGUGAACCUCGCAUGCAUCUAGGUACCAAUGGAGCCAAUUGUGGUGGGGUGGAGAGUUCAGAGGAGCCUGUGUAUGAGAGCCUAGAAGAAUUCCACGUCUUUGUCCUUGCCCAUGUGCUUAGGAGGCCCAUAGUCGUCGUGGCAGACACCAUGCUGAGGGACUCCGGCGGGGAAGCAUUCGCCCCUAUUCCCUUUGGGGGAAUCUAUCUGCCCUUGGAGGUCCCAGCCAGCCAGUGUCACCGCUCCCCUCUGGUGCUUGCCUAUGAUCAGGCCCACUUUUCUGCACUUGUGUCCAUGGAGCAGAAGGAGAAUGCCAAGGACCAAGCUGUGAUCCCACUUACAGAUUCAGAGCAUAAGCUGCUGCCCUUGCACUUUGCUGUGGACCCUGGAAAGGGCUGGGAAUGGGGCAAAGAUGACAGUGACAAUGUCCGACUGGCCAGUGUAAUCCUGUCCCUAGAGGUCAAGUUGCAUUUGCUUCAUGGCUACAUGAAUGUGAAGUGGGUCCCGGUGUCCUCUGAUGCGCAGGCUCCCCUGGCCCAGCCUGAGUCCCCCACAGCCUCAGCUGGAGAUGAGCCCCGGUCUACUCCUGAGUCUGGGGAAUCAGACAAGGAGUCAGUUGGCAGCAGUUCUACCAGCAAUGAGGGCAGCAAGCGGAAAGAGAAGUCAAAACGAGAUCGGGAAAAGGACAAGAAGAGAGCAGAUUCCGUGGCUAACAAAUUGGGCAGCUUUGGCAAAACCUUGGGCAGCAAGCUCAAGAAGAACAUGGGAGGCCUGAUGCACAGCAAGGGUUCUAAGACUGCAGGGAUGGGAACGGGGUCGGGGGUAAGCAGUGGCACAGAGACACUGGAGAAGAAGAAGAAAAACUCGCUGAAGAGCUGGAAGGGUGGCAAAGAGGAGGCAGCUGGGGACAGGCCUGUAUCUGAGAAGCCCACAUCUGAGUCUGCUGGUAAUGGAGGGAGCAAGUAUAGCCAGGAGGUGAUGCAAAGCCUGAGCAUUAUGAGGAUUGCGAUGCAAGGGGAGGGGAAGUUUAUUUUUGUUGGAACCCUGAAGAUGGGUCACCGUCACCAAUAUCAGGAGGAGAUGAUCCAGCGCUACCUUUCUGAUGCUGAGGAGAGAUUCCUGGCAGAGCAGAAGCAGAAGGAGGCAGAGAGGAAGAUCAUGAAUGGAGGGGUAGGGAGUGGGCCUCCUCCAGCCAAAAAGCCAGAGCCAGAUGGCGGGGAGGAGCUGCUGACUGCCCCCCAGGCAGAGUCCAAGGCAAUGGCGUUCUCUCCUGGCUACUCUGGGGGCUUUACUAUCCCUCGGCCUUCUGGGGGUGGAGUCCACUGCCAGGAACCGCGGAGGCAGUUGGCAGGGGGUCCAUGUGGGGGGGGCCUACCACCAUAUGCCACCUUCCCCAGACAAUGCCCUCCUGGGCGACCCUACCCCCAUCAGGACAGCAUCCCUUCUCUGGAGCCAGGCAGUCACUCUAAGGAUGGAGUUCACAGGGGUGCAUUGCUACCAGCUGCUUUCCGCGUGGCUGAUUCCUAUAGCAACGGCUACAGAGAGCCCCCUGAGCCAGAUGGAUGGGCUGGAGGUCCCCGGGGGCUUCCCCCAACCCAGACCAAAUGCAAACAGCCGAACUGCAGCUUCUAUGGACACCCUGAGACAAACAACUUCUGUUCCUGCUGUUACAGGGAAGAACUGAGGAGGAGGGAACGUGAACCCGGUGGGGAGUUGCUGGUGCACAGGUUCUGAAUGAGGGAACCUUGGAGGGCAAGGGGACUAAACAAAGAAAGUUAAGCUCAACUAAUUGGCUCAUCAAGACCCAGCCCCCAUGUUGAUGGGGCAAAUGCAGUAAUGUUUAUGGGAGCCUGGCUAGAAACUUUUAAGUGUGUGUGUGCUGGAGAGCCGCCAGGCUGGCAAGAGCAGGUCAGGGCUGGACAGUGCCUCGUGGGCUGUACUAGUCCUUUGCCGAUCUUGACUUGAUGGGACUGAGGAGGUACAAGGGGGGAAAGAUGGUGAUUCUGUCUCAUAACCCCUUGGGUCCAUCCCAGGACCUAAGGGAAAGUAGUAGGGGAAGGUUUGGUGUGUGGGGGCGGGGAGGUGGGCAGAAGUCUGGAGGAGGAAUGGACAAAGGAAGUAAUCAGUCAAUAAAAGAAAAAGCAGACCAAAGUUCUUUUAGGUUGGAAAAAAGCACAUGGUGGUUGGAGUCAGCAGUGUGGAGAGAAACUGCAAAAAUAGACAAAUUUGCUGUUGAUUUGAAUUUAGAAAUUGAGGUUGGAUAAAUUCUUCCUCCUGAAGGAUCUGGAAAGACAAGGCAGUAAUGUGUGCUCAUGGGUGCUUAUUAGGAGGGGGUAGUUUAAAUCGGUUUGAGAUGAGAAAGGGAGGAACUUAAGAGGGGAAUCUUUUUCCUCUUAAGUUGUAUUUUCUUGAAACAGCUGUCUGUCAUCUGUUCUAGUUCAAGAGGAGAUUGCCGAUUGCCCCCUAUCUUGCCCUUAUCCUUUUUGAGGUCUGAGCUCAGCUAAGUGAAGAAGGUUGUGAUUUUUUUUGACUUUAACUUUAUGAAAAAAAAGUUGCCUCUGGGGAAGGGAAGAGAGUGAUGAGAAGAUCAGCGGUGUGUGUUGGAUUUUCUCCAGGUGGGUUCACACAGGGGUGAUCGUUUUUAACUAUUUAGCAAUAACCACACAUUGGGGUUCAGGUGCCACUUGGGAGGGGUGGGAGGAGGACCGACCUUUGGCCAGACUGUUUCAAACAAAACCAAAAACCUAAAGAGAGCACUACCGUCUUCUGCUGCUGCAUUUCUGUAGAAAGCAAAUUAUUUGACUGGUUUUUUUUGUUUUUUUUUUUUAACGGAAAAGAAACAAACAAAAAGACCCCAGCGAGCAAAAGCAUUUUUAAAAAUGAUUUCUUUUUUUCCUAUUUAAAUGAUUCUUUCUCCUUCCUCUCUACUUUUGGAGAAUGAACGUAACAUCCCGGCUUCUUUUGUUAAGCCAUAGCUGACCUUAAUCUGUGGUUAGUUUAUUAAAAUAAUAAAAAAAAUUUGUAAGAAGAGAUAUUUUUGAUAAUAGGACUGAUGUUGAAACAUGGGGUAGGGGUUGGGGCAAUUUAUAAAAAGGUAGUUAGAGAAAUAUAUUUUAGUGAACUAUAACCACAGAUCACAGAUUACUCCCAAUGAGUUAAUCUGUCUAGGUUUUCCCCUUUCCCUGACUCAACCCUUUCCCCCAGGGGGUGGGAGUGGGCCUGUGGACACAGUAGGGGAAGCUCCUUUGCAUUUUGCACAAAGCACAAGUCUGGACAGCCUACGCUCUGGCCAGCACCAUUUCUAAGAGCUUUAAACCGGAGGACCUAUCCUGGGCCAAUUUUCCUUUUUCUUUCUUUUUUUUUUUUUCUGGGAAAAAAAUCAACUAUGCAAUUGUAUACACUCCUGGGUGCAUAUGAAGAAGGGGAAUAAGUGUACUUAAGUGUCCAGAGUGUUACUUGGGGCUAUUUUUCUGUAUUUGGAUUUCUCUUUUGAGAUAUGUACUCAUAACCCAUCCCGUGGAAUGUAAUCCCCACAUUUGAUCUAAGGCAGACAUGGGCUGGGUGUGUGUGCUGGGGGCCUCGUAUUUGCUUCUGCCCAGUCAGGAAAGUUGUCAUCCCAUAUUCCCCGUGGUAAUAAAGCCAGCCAAGAUUAUCCUCUUAUUGGAACUGCUCAGAGUUUAGAAAGGUUCUUUUCUCCUCAACAAACUUAAAAGUCACUUAUUUUCCAAAUCUGAUAGUCUGUUAAUCUAAUCAUUUCCUGUGGCUAUUAAUUCUUAAGCUUUUAUCUGAAAAUAAACUGGUUUCAAGGAAGCAAUGAGGUCAAAGGAGGAAAUGUAUGUAUUUCUGGACUGGGACUAGUAUGAGAAGAGCACUCCCCUCAGGUACAAAACUUGAGAGAGUACCAAAAAACUCAAUAAUCAAGAUAAAUACUGUUUUAAUGCGGUAUUUAAAAAAAUCAAUGCAAAAAAUCUAUGAUGAACAAAAUAUCAAAAUCUUAAAGACAGCAUCCAACAGGACUGGGAUUAGGGUGAGGGAAGUAAGGCUGAAUGGAGCAAGUGUGGGAUUGAAUCCUGUCUUUAAAGCUUUGAUACACUUUGUGGAUUUUGGUUUUCAAAAAUAGUGCAUUAAAAUAGUAUCUUGGUUAUUGAGUUUGGGGGCACCGCUUAACUUUUGUGUCCCAAGUGUGAGUGCCUUGCUCACCUCACCCUGUUUCUGGGGUUAGAACAACGCUGGCGAGAUCUCCACCUCGUGAACUUCCAUCCCUAACAGGCACCCAAACAGUGGGUGGCUCAAGCUCGCUCCUUGAAUGUGCACAGUUCGCCCGUCUUUCCCUUUGGCAUCCAUCGAAUCGACAUCAUAGGAUUCUGCCUGGACCAAUAGGAAUGGAAACAGACCAGGGGUUUUCCGAGUAUAAAACCAGGAAAGUUUUGAUUCUCUGCUGGACUGCUGUGUUUGGAUUUGAUCUGUUACUAGAUUCUAGUUAAUACUUUGGUGUUUAAAAACUGAGGACAAAUGGACAAAAACAGAAACCUUGUGUCAUGUUUGUUUUUGUUUUGAUUUAUAAAUUAACUAAUCCCAGUUCCUUUUGACCUCUUUUCAAAUAAAAAAGGUGGAAAUUCUGGAAGGUGGCCUAGGGGUGAGUGAGUAUGGUAAAAUAGGGCUUUAUUUAGGCCCUGUAGCUUUUUAUUAAGAAAUAAAUUAACAUUUUUUUAAAA